UCAAAAAGUAAUUUUUUUAUCUAAUUUCCAAAAAUGUACCAAGUGUCUUUUUACGUGUUUAUCACUUUUCCAAUUUUAAAAAGAGAAAGAAAGGAAAAAAAAAAAAAAAAACAAAGUGCCAAACUGAAACUAACUAUUGCCCCGCUAAUAAUAGUUUAUGAACGUACUUGUUGAAGCAGUAUCCAGCCAACCUUCCAAACCAGAAUUUAUAUUAUUCCAACAACCUCGGGUCCUCACUUUGACUCUGUCUGUAAUGCUACAAUACUACAUAGGAUCCGUUCCUUUCGUUCUUCAUCAGUUAGUACUUAGUUAUGGUAAUAUAACAAGUUAAUGACUAUACUAUAGUCCGAUUACAGUGCUUGAAACCGCUCAAUCAGUGUAAUGGCCAAGGAAGAAGUAUUUGAGUUCCUUGGGAACGUUCCUCUACUACAGAGGCUUCCUGGCUCGUCUGUGCAGAAGAUAUCCGAACUUGUGAUUCUCAAACACUAUGAGCCAGGAGAGUAUGUUGUUCGUGAGGGAGAACGUGGGGAUGGUCUUUACUUCAUCUGGGGGGGAGAGGCUGAGGUUGUUGGCUCUGUUAGUGCCGAUGAAGAUAAUCAUCCAGAGUUUCACUUGAAAAGAUAUGACUAUUUUGGUUUUGGUUUACCAAAUGAUGUUCACCAUGCUGAUGUUGUAGCUUUGACCAAGCUAUCAUGCAUGGUGUUGCCCCAUGAGCACUCAACAUUGCUGCAGCCAAAGUCUAUAUGGAGUGCAGAAAUAUCUCCUGAUACAUGCUCACCUGUGGAGCAUAUAUUGCAUUUGGAACCUAUAGAGGUAGAUAUCUUCCGAGGAAUCACUCCUCCAGAUGCUCCAAAAUUUGGGAAGGUAUUUGGUGGACAAAUAGUUGGACAGGCACUGGCUGCAGCAUCAAAAUCUGUUGAUUGUCUUAAAGUUGUUCAUAGCUUGCAUGCCUAUUUUCUUCUUGUGGGAGAUUUUAACAUACCCAUUAUAUAUCAAGUUUAUCGUCUCCGUGAUGGGAAGAGUUUUGCUACUAGGAAAGUGGAUGCGAUUCAAAAGGGACAUAUCAUAUUCACUUUGCUGGCUUCAUUUCAGAAGGAAGAAGUAGGGUUUCACCACCAGGCAGUGUCCAUCCCAUUGGUCCCUGCACCAGAUGAGCUUUUAUCGCUGGAAGAACUACGGGAGCAACGUCUUACGGACCCUCGUCUUCCAAGAACUUACCGAAUCAAGGUUGCUUCAACUGAAUUCAUUCCUUGGCCUAUUGAGAUACGGUUCUGUGAACCUAAAACUUCAACAAAUCAGACCAAAUCUCCCCCUAGUUUGAGAUACUGGUUUAGAGCAAAGGGAAAACUUUCAGAUGAUCAGGCCUUGCAUAGGUGUGUAGUUGCAUAUGCUUCAGAUCUAAUCUUUCUUCAAGUGAGUUUGAACCCCAACCGUAAGAAGGGCAUGAAGGCACGUGGUGUGAGUCUGGACCACUCCAUGUGGUUUCAUAGGCAUUUAAGAGCUGAUGACUGGGUGCUAUUUGUGAUCUUUAGUCCUACUUCUUCUAAUGCCCGGGGCUAUGUCACUGGCCAAAUGCUCAAUCAGAAGGGAGAGCUUCUUGUGUCAGUGGUUCAAGAAGGUCUAAUGAGGGAAGUUAUUUCUGCAAAUUCAGCCAUCAAAUCUAAUCUUUGAAUAACGUAAAAUGCAGAGGACAUGUGGCUUUCUUGUUAGUUCUGUCUCGUUUUAUUUGUAGUGCAUGACCAGGGCAUGCAAUAUUUUUCUUAUGGUGUAACCAUGCAUGCAUGUAAUGAGGUAACAGGUAGUACGUGCAUGCACAAGCAUAAGUACACCAGAAUCAUCAGAUACAGUUAUGUAUUAAUUUUAAUCCAUGAUUCAAAUUUGUGAAUGACAACUAGUUGAUACU